GCUCGGAUACCUUUGUUUCGCGGUCUGUUCCAGUUGGCAUUGACGGCCCUCGUGACCUCCUUCUCACAGCCGAAUCUGUGGCUGGAGUCAUAGUCGUCCAUGUGGGAUUGCAGGCCGGUAACAGUGGUGGAGGUGAGGGCGGCCCCCGAGAAGGGCGAUGUCGUCGUCGGUCAACUAGAAGGCGUCCUCGAGCCGCUCGAUUAUCGGCAUCGCGUCGAGCAGCUCCGUCUUGGGGUAGGCCGACUCGUCGAUGCUGCCCACUUGCAGAGCCCUCAUGUAAGGAAAACUCCAUCGACAAUACCUGAAUGCAUUCACAUAGCAAGAAAAAGCGACGGUGUUCCGAAAGACCCACACACACACGCCUGAUACGCACCUGAUGUGGCUGAGGCACGCAACGGACUGGAUGGUCAUGUGUGCGAUGUGUGGGAAGUGUGUGGGCAGGGCAGGCCGGCGCAUAUCGAUGGGGGCCGGCGGGGCAGAGCGCGGACGGUCAGGGGCUAUCACGGUCAGCCGGGUGAGUGUCAGCCUCGACGCCUCCAGGCACCUCGACACACACGCGGGCACACAGGAGCUCUCGAUGUGGGCGGUCUGAAUCUUCCCCUGCACCGACACACAGGCAAGAAAGCUUCCCGUCCCUGCGUAUAUGUCCCUCCCACCCCAGGCUUCUCACCAUGUGCUGCAUCUUCCUGACGCCCUUGACCUUUCUGUAGGUCUCUUCCUCGUCGCUCGUCAUGGUGAAGUGUCGGGACAUGCCGAGAGUCUGGUGGGGUGGCCUUCUGGCGGGUAUCCUUGUUGACCUUGGCCAGACAAAUAGCCGUCUUGGUAGUGACGAAGGAGGCCAUGUGGCUGAAGACGUCCUCUGGCAGACCAACAGACUCGGACGGCCGUAUCUCUGAUGCACACAGACACGUGCACACAGGGAAGAUCAGUCAUGGUGGUGGCUGUCAUUUCUCUGUGUCACCUUUGGCGUCUUCAUCGGCCUUCGUGUCGCUGCUGCACCACCGCACACAUCAACCGACCCACCUGAGGGCACUACACAACACAGUCACAAACGCGCAUUGUCAAGUGUCUGCACCCCACAGCACAGCAUGGGACUCUCAGCACUUUCACCCAUAUGUGGUUGAUGUACCUUUGCUACGGGCUGAUAGCUAGACACACGCGCUUGCUCCUGCCGCCAGCAUCAACAGGCACCUGGAUAGACACCUAAAACAAGCACGACAAAUAGAUGCAGCGAAUCUAUCUCAAUUUCCAUUGCGCGCCCUCGUCCGCUCACAUCCAAACGCAAUAUUUCAAUUCAUGCAUCCUACAUCCAGGCACAAGUCAGGUGUUUACACACCAACGGUCUAUACAACUCUCUUCUUCAUCCAUGAAUCUCUCUGCAAAAAGAGCCGUCUCCUCAUCGUGUCGACUUUUCUUAGCAGCGCGAUCACGAGUUCUCUCAGCCCGCGCCACAUCUUCCUCUCUAUCCAUCUCUCUCGACAAGCUCCAUUCGCUCAAAGAGCCAACAAGAAAUUCGCAAGAUCAGUCACAGUCAGUGACUGGCUCCCAUCUAUACCUAAGUCUGUCUUCUCAUAGCCGGCAAAGAACUCGUACACGAAGGCCUCCGUGCCAUUGCACAAAACACCAACUGCAUCACCAAUUUCCUCCAGCUCCUGUUCUGAGUGCCGCUUCCAUGUUCUAACAAGGACCAUCUCGCCAUGGAGCUGCUUUGCAAAUGCUGACAGCGAUACCCCAGUAUACUUCCCUGCCUUCGCCUCACAAACCACUGCCUGGCUCGUGGCGAAUGCCUCGUGGUGCUGGUCUUUGGCGCUGAUGGGCACAAUCGCCAAAUCUCCUGGGCUCCCCUUCAGAUACCGCCAGCCGUCCUUCCGUGUUGGGACCGAUGAGGCCGACUCAAAGUAUCUUGUCUUACACUCGACGACCACCAAUUUGUCCUCUCGAACCUUGUUGACCUCGUCGACGACUCGCUGGAGAAUCCUCUUCACAUAAUCGCUGGCCUCCUCCACGAUUUCGGUGUUGCCGUCGAAGGGCUGGACAUGUUGGAUAGGGCCGGGGAUGGGAGUGUUCUUGGGCUGAAACCGUGGGUUCACGUCGACCCCACCGACGACAGAUAAUCUUGAGACGGCCACUGGUGUCGUGUCGUCAUCGUCGAGAGUACGCUUUCGACCUACAUAAAUACACAACAAAGCAUGACAAGAAUACAAUCGCAUGCUUUGCUGAGCUUUUGCUCACCUCUUCGCCAUGGCAUCGGUUCCUUGAUGUCCUUGCCACGCUGGCCGAAGACACUCUCCACUUUAUCUGACUCGAGAACCCCGCCGAUUCCCUGCUGGUCGAUCAGCAAGACCUCCGUGCGCUCGCCGAUUUGGAACUCCUCGCGAAUCUCUUCCCGCAACCCAGCGAUGUCCUCCUGGCGCUUGAUCUUCCGCGGGACGUGAAGAUCUCUUCUCUCGUCUGCCUCCUGCACCCACAGAGUGCGAGACCAAAAAGACCCCAUAUGCGGUGCUGUG